GCAUAGCACACACAAUCGAGCACACGAAAUGGGGCAAACAACUGGAAAUGAAAAGGCAAACAAUACAUCAAAUUACGAUAAUAAUAAUAAUAACAAUAACUGAAACAAGCAGCAGCUGAGAAAGCAACAACAUCUAAAAACAUAAAUCGGAGCGCUAUACGGCCGUGCUCUGUUGUGCUGGACUUUUAAGAUGGACUUCUUAAGCUUUCUGGUUAACUCACAGCGUCUGACCCAGUGGCGCCCCACCGGCGGCCCGGAGCUAAUGUACAUUGCUCUAUCGCACGAGAGCUGUGACCUGGACUCUGUGGUUAGCACUUUGGCAAUUGCUUAUUUGCGUUAUCGCAAUCCGGGCACGCUGCAGCACAACUAUAUGCCCGUAUUGAACAUGAUGCGACGCGACUAUCCCAGCAAGUCGGAGGUGCGCUUUCUGCUUGAUAAGCAGCACAUAACGCCCGAACGCCACUUGGUCUUUCGCGACGAUGUGCCCGAGGAUCUGUUGUUGCGCAGUCGCUUCAUUUUGGUCAAUCAUCAUGUGAGUCCGUUUCACUACUGCACCGAGGAGGUCUACGACUAUCGGCCGUAUCAGUGCGAGGCAGCCCGUUUGCCCAUCUACUGCCAGCGCAUCAUGCACCCGAUGCGCUCGUGUGCCGCUCUGAUAACGGAACGUUAUGACAGCCCCAUCUAUAACUAUGCGAACGUGCGCUGCCUGCGCGUCUUCGAGCUGCUGCAUGCCGCACUGCUCUUGCAGAACAGCAACUUUGCCAUGCAUCCGCUCGAUCAGCUGCACAAUGUGCGCGACUAUCAGCUGCUGGUCUACCUGGAGAAGCAGCUGGGCCAGCUGGAGAUACCGCAACGGACCAUACUCUAUGACACGCUGGUCAAUGCCAUGUUCGAUCUGAACGAGCUGACACUUCCACAGAUUCUGCGGCGCGAGUUCAAGCUGCUGCGCGCCAACAAUGGCAUCCAUCUGGUGCGCAUCGCCCAGUGCUGCUUCCCCAUGGCUGUCUCCCGCUUCAUAUCCUUCGAGUUCGCACAAUUGGCUCUGCAGCAGUUCGCCUCGGAGCACGGCUGCGACUUCAUAAUGCUGCUCGGCACCAGCAUGCAGCCGAAGGGCGGCCUGGUCAUCAAGGAGCUGGGCCUAAUACCGAUGGACUCGCUGCGCGAUACAGAGGACAGACGGCUCUUCGAUCACAUGAUUAUCAAUCUGAGUGCAGCGGUUGAGCCAAUGCUCGCUCUGGAGCCAUAUCGUGGACUCAACUUCAUGCAGGGCGCCUUCUUCUUCAUCAAUGUCUGGAACGUGCAGUUCUACGAUAUGCUGCAUCUCGUUCAGCUCAUCAUCUACAAUUGGGUGUCCAAAGACAAGUUCUCGGCAGCCUAACCUGGCCCAGAGCGUACUUCCUUACCUGUUCAUCGUUUUUACUUUGAUUCUCUUUAAAUUUGCGUUCACUGUCAUUGCCCCAGCCACAACCAAAGUCCCUGCCUUUCGUCUUUCGCCUUUUAGUCUGUCACAUUUGCUCAUAUUACGCAUCUAAUCCAUCAACGCGGACCACUUUUCGGAUACUUUUACAAGCCAGCAGUGAAGUUGACUUCACUCAAAACUUCCCUCUCAUCGGAUUUCCACUUGAACAGGCGCGGCGCAAGCACAGAGAAUGUUUUCUUCUUCUUUUCUCUUGUUUUUUCUUUAUUUUUACUUUAUUUUUGGUUUGUUGCCUAAUGCUUUAUGUUUGGAUCUUAAUGUUUUAGCUUGAAGAAUGUUUGCGUGGCCUUCAUACACAGGGCCAAAAGCACCAAGUUCAUUUCAAUAAAUGCAAAAAGUUCGUUUCUCACAUUUUACGAUAUAAAAUCUUUUCGCUUUUUGCACAUCUAUUUUUUGUUCUGUAUCGCGUGGUGUAAAACAUUUCAAAAUCACUAA